AUGCCACCCCGUCUGCCCAUACGGGUGGCCCUCCCGCGGCCAUCCGCAGCCAUCCCACAAGGCGCGCCGCGGCGACUCCUCCUCCCGCAGCUCACUCCCGCGACAACCACAUCCACCUCGACCUCGACGACAUCCAUCACCAGCCGCGGCGUGCACAAUGGCUGGUCGACGGCGCCCGCGCGGUCCAAGCCCCGCCGCUUCAACCAGCCCAGCGCAGGGCUCCCCGCGCUGACGACGGGCCCCGCGGCGGCGCUCAAGCGGCGCGAGAACACGACGCCGCUGCGGGCGGGCGUGCUGGCGACCAAGAAGGGCAUGACGAGCAUGUUCGUGGGCAAGGCGCGCGUGCCGUGCACUGUGCUGCAGCUCGACCAGGUGCAGGUGGUGGCCAACAAGACGCGCGAGCAGCACGGCUACUGGGCCGUGCAGGUGGGCGCGGGAUCCCGCCCGGGCCGCAACGUGACGAGCCCGCAGCUCGGGUACUUCGAGGCCAAGGGCAUCGCGCCCAAGGGCGACCUCGCCGAGUUCAAGGUCCGCGGCGAGGAGGGCCUGCUGCCCGUGGGCGCGCAGCUGCUGCCGGACUGGUUCCAGCUGGGGCAGUACGUGGACGUGCGGGCGCGGUCGCGCGGCAUGGGCUUCGCCGGCGGCAUGAAGCGCCACGGCUUCGCCGGUCAGGAGGCGUCGCACGGAAACUCCAAAAACCACCGCACUAUCGGCACGACGGGCCCGUCGCAGGGCAGUGGUAGCCGCGUGCUGCCGGGCAAAAAGAUGCCGGGACGCAUGGGCAACGAGUGGGUGACGGUGCAGAACCUCAAGGUGCUCAAGGUGGACAACGAGCUGGGCGUCGUGCUCGUCAGCGGGCCGGUGCCGGGCCCCAAGGGCCGCGUCGUCAAGCUGCAGGACUCCAAGAAGCGCAAGGCGCCCGCGCUGCCGCACCGCGAAAAGGCCAUGGAGACGCUCAAGGAGAGACACCCGGACGCCGAGGAGAGACUGGAGAUGGCGCGCAAGACGCACCUGGACAUGAAGGAGCGGCGGCAGUCGCAGGCGCUGGAGCUGUGA